UUGACUUCUGUUCAGAGUCAGAGUUCUGUUGCGCUCGUGGCUUAUGUUCAGUUUUGUUGAGCAGUGUGGAAGAACAGGAGGAAUAUCAGUGUUUGGAAACGCCAAGAAGUAGACAUGCUCGCGAGGAUCGCUCUCCUUCUGGCGUGUGGCCUGGUGGCAGCCGAGGCUAUUCACUCUACUCGUCGCCCUCCGGCAGAGUUCAUAUCUUCGGAGUGCUAUGGGCUAGCGCAGCCGUUCUUGGCCAGCAUCCAAGAGAAACUUCAUGAACGACGACAGCACAUUCGAGAAGGAUGCCACGACGAGGCGUAUCUUCUAGGACAGGAGGCAUUGCUCAGUGAACGCUCGCACAAUCGGUCAAUUGCCAGAGCCUGCUCUUUGGACAAGCACUCUGAUUUCUGCAAGUACCUGAUGAGUCAUCUUCCGCUCGGCAAUUCCAACUCCAAGUCGUUUGUGGCGCAGGCAGGCAUCACGCAGAAAGUCUGUCACAGCCGUCUCAAGGACGUUGUCGACAUUGUAGCCGCUGAGGUGGCAUCGCUGACUCGCGUCCUGGGAAAGUGUGCGCCGAAGCACGCGUGCUACGUCUAUGAGAUGACCCAGGACUACAAACAUCAUGCCGCCAAGCACAUCCGCCACACGUUCCACGUGACAGGCCGCGCCAGUGACAUCUGCACACGCAGUGCGUACAUCCCGGCGCUGGUCAGGCCGUGUGAACGCUUCGCAGUGGCCCAGCGCGCAGUGCAGCGCAUCCAGGCGCAGUGGGAGUCCAUCUUCUCGUCAUUGAGCCCAGCGGACUGCGACCGGAUGCUGACUGCAACAACUGGCGUGACAGACGAGGCCACUACACCUUCAAGCCCCACAACACCUUCAAGCCCCACUACUUCUCCACCAACGGAGACUGCCAGAGAAUUCGCCAAGGAAGUCUACGAUAGAGUGUGGGCAGUCGACAGUGCCACUGUGUCUUCGGUUAAGCCCGGAGUAUUUGACGGGAAGCGCUAUCAUGAGUGGCUGCAGGGCCUCAAGGCUACUCCAGAAUCUCAUUUAGCUAAGGAGAAAACCGAAGAACCACCCACAAGUCCUGUAGCCGAAGAGAAGCCUGGCGCGUCGAAGACGUUCAAGUGGCCAGCAAAGCACAUCCUUUUGACCGUCAGCGGAUUCAUCCUGGUUGCGGGUAUCAUCUUUACGCUUAUGAUGUACUGCACAAAAGAACGAAGACAGCGCAUAAUCCGUCGUACUGUGUCGCCGUUGUCUGAUGCACCGCGGUUGCCGUCGAAGGGUCCGCUGGCCACAGAGGAUGAGCGUGAUCUGGAGGCUAUCAUGUACGUGAAGCAGCACGGCUUUGAGAACCCAACCUACUCGUUCUAUGAGGAUCUUGAAGGGGACGAGGUGAAGCCGCGAAGCGAAGCGUUGUAACUGGAUGUGUUUGUGUUGGUGAUGGGUGUGCUGCAAUUAAGCCAACUCGCCCUGUGACACGGGCAUUCUCUGUUGUCUCUUUUGUCUGCUUGUCUGUCUGUCAGUCUGUCUCUCUCUGUCCGUUUGUCUGUCUCUCUGUCCGUCUGUGUCACCAUCCCCAUGCCCCCCCCCCCCACCACACAAAUAUACAGUCAUGCACAUGAGUGCACCUGCUCACACAGACAAACACCUUCGCAAGUACACUCAUAUGCGUGCACGUGCACAAUAAUGUACGCCCCCCCCCCCCCCCCAACACACACUCACACACGCACACAUACACAUACAUACGCAGACUUCUCUCUCUUUCUCUUUCUUCUACUGUCUCUCUGUCUUUCUCUGCCUAUCUCCCUCGGCACGUGUGUGUGGUGUGUUUGCAUCGGCUCCUUUACCGUCUCCGCUCCGUCCUUGCAUGUUUUCUAAAGAUGUACAUGACUUUGUACUUUUCUUUUUCUGGUUGCAUGAAGCAUGGCUGAAUCUCUUUGCCACAGACACAGGCAUUACCAUCCAGCAUUACUACAGAAACAAGUAUCACAGAAGCAAGCUGGCUGGGGACUAUGCAAUCCCAACCCCAGUCUCGUAUAACAGUUAUCAUGUGACUUAUCUCGUGCAUGGAAAUCCCCUAGCCGUGGCCUGUUGCAAGGAGUCAGCUACCCAGUAGUGUUAAGAAGCGGACAGUUGCACCUUUUCCGGCAUCAUCUUGAGGCAGCAGUUCCGUCGUUAGCCUGCGGCAUAGUGUAUUGCGCCUCUUUUCUCCAGUCGCAUCUCCGUAUCCCCACGGCUGUCCUGGGACUACUCUGCGUGUCCUUUCUGGUCUUUUUCUGCAUGCCAUGUACUUGUAUUCUGUUUUCGGAUUUAACGUUGUAUCUGCCAUACCUGUGCCUUUGACGUGCAUGUGCCCUAUCUUCUUUUAAGAAUACAGUACAGUAUAUUCUCUUUCUGUCUUUAUCUCUUUUAAUGUCACAUGCAUGCUCUCUGCUCUGUGUUGGUGGUGCUUGUGUAUUCCGUUGUGUUGGGUGUACAUCACAAGCAAGUUUGGCUGCAUCUGGAUUAUCAUUGCUUCUUUGGGAAUCUCCUGCUCAUGAUUUUGUUUGCAAUGAUAUCCUUGGAUUGUG